AUGAUUAGAGAAAAAAAUCAGAAUAAUUUAAUAAAAAUAAUUCCAAUAGAAAAAGAAUCAGAAAAUAAUUAUAAAAUUCAGAAUAAAUUUAAUUCAACAACAAAUAUUAUUCCAAUAAAAAUAGAAACAAAACAAGAAACAUCAAAAUUUUAUCAAUUUCCUUUUGCUUCAACUUUUAAUAAUAAUAAAAAUAUUUAUUUAUCUUCUACAUUGCCUAAAACUACAAAACAGCCUCAACAGCCUCCCCCUCCCGGUCAACACUCCCCUUUUGGGUAUUUUAAUAAUCAGGGGGAGGGGGAAGAAGAAGAUUUUAGAUUAUCUCCCAAAACACUUUGUCGAAUUAAAAAAUUAAAUAUUAUAAUGAAUACUGAACAGGAACCAUUUAAUAAUGGGUGUAAUGGUGAAGUAAUUAAUGGAGAGGGGAAAGAUUCUGCAGAUGUAAUUCACCAUCAUCCAAUUUUCGUAAAAGAUACUAGUCGUUUUUGGUAUAAACCAAAAAUUAGUAGAGAAGAAGCAAUUUCAAUGCUUAAAAAUAAACCUCCAGGCACUUUUGUUGUUCGUGACAGUAAUUCAUUUCCGGGCGCUUUUGGUUUGGCAUUAAAAGUAGCCCAGCCACCUGCUGGGGUUGUGCCAGCUGAUGGAAGUGAAUUAGUCAGACAUUUCCUAAUUGAGCCAAGUCCAAAAGGUGUUCGUCUGAAAGGUUGUUCUAAUGAACCCGUUUUUGGUACAUUAGCAGCACUUGUAUAUCAACAUUCAAUUACUCCUUUAGCUUUACCUUGUCGAUUAAUUUUACCUUCAAUCGACCCAGCAACAACACCAGAAAGUAUUAAUUCAAAUCAAGCUUUACUUGAACGUGGAGCUGCUUGUAACGUGACUUAUUUAUGUUCUGUUGACACCGAAAGUUUGACAGGCCCUGAAGCUGUCCGUCGAUCAACAGCAUUUGUUUUAAAAUUAUUAUUGAGGCAUGAACUUCGUGCUGUACCUAUUCACAUAAAAGUAUCUGUGCAAGGAAUUACUUUAACUGAUAAUACUCGAACAUUAUUCUUUAGAAGACAUUACCCUGUUAAUUCUGUUACUUUUGCUGGUAUUGAUCCUGAGAAUAGAGUGUUUGUUUUUUUAUUUUAUUGA